CUCUGAGCGGUGGGAGCAGAGCAGUGUGGAGCCGUGAGCCUGCCGAGCAAACCACCAUGCAUCAGCCUGUGUCCUGUUAGACCGACCAGCAGCUCCUUCACACACACACACACACACACACACACACACACUGUAGUUUAGUUGCAUAGCAGUUAGUGAUCUGCAGGAGAGGAAACAUGAGUGGACACAUCAGUGCUGCUUUUUGUCUGGCUUUAGUUUUCCUCCCUGUGCUGGGCUCAGCGUGUCCUGCACAGUGCAGCUGCUUUUACCACAAAUUAAGCGAUGGAUCAAAAGCGAGGAGUGUGCUUUGCAACGACCCAGAAAUCACCGCGGUCCCUCCAAAUUUCCCCGCGGACACGUCGAAGCUCCGCAUUGAGAAGACUGCGAUCACAAGGAUUUCCGGCAACAACUUCCACUACCUCAACAACCUGGAGUUCCUCUGGAUGUCCUUCAACUCCCUGAGCGCGCUGAGCGUGGACAGCUUCCGGGGUCUUUACAACCUGGACGAGCUCAGGCUGGACGGGAACUCCCUCGCCUCCUUCCCCUGGGAGUCUCUGAGCGACGUGCCAAACCUCAGGCUCCUCGACUUGCACAACAACAAGAUCUCCACCAUCCCCGCCGAGGCCGGCGCGUUCAUCAAGAACAUCACCUAUCUGGACUUGUCCAGCAACAGUCUGACGACCGUCCCUGCCGACGUUCUCAUCAUGUGGCUGAGUGUGAAGCCGGCGCAGGACACCGAUUCCUCCAAACUUAUUCUCGGGCUCCAUGACAACCCGUGGCUCUGUGACUGCCGGCUGUACGAUCUGGUCCAGUUCCAGAAGUCCCCAUCAUCGUCGGUGGCUCUAAUCGACACCAGGCUGAAGUGUGCCGACCCAGAGAGUCUGUCAGGAGUUCUUUUCACUGAAGCGGAGCUGCAGAGGUGCCAGGGCCCUCGGGUGCACACGGCCGUGGCUCGCGUUCGAAGCUCACUGGGCAACAAUGUCCUGCUCCGCUGUGGUACAGUCGGAGUCCCCAUCCCCGAGCUGUCCUGGAGCCGAGCCGAUGGCAAGAAAAUGAACGGCACAAUUCAGCAGGAGAUUUCAAAGGAGGGAAUUAUUUGGUCCAUCCUGAGUGUGCCGGCGGUCUCCUACCAUGAUUCUGGGAAAUACAUUUGCAAAGCAACUAACUUUGUGGGCACCGCGGACGCCAUCGUUUCUCUGGUGAUCACAGAUACUUUCCGGUCAGAGGAGACAGGUGGUGGUGGUGGUGGUGGUUCUUCAAAGAGAAACAGAGGGAAGAAAUCCGGUGGCAUGGGAAAAGCAGCAUACCAGGAGAAACUCAUCGCCAGAUACAUUCCUCCGCCGACUACCAAAGCCGGACAGCCCAUCAUCGAACCUCUCAACGGUAAAGGUGUGACCGGAAAGUAUGAGAUCGAGAGCUACAGCAUCUCUGACAGUGCUUCCCCAGAAAAGGGCAAGGAGUCAGACUCUCAAAGUCCAGAAGAGGAAGAAGAGGUUCUGAGCAACUUAGCAGCCAAUGCCUCAUCCUUACAGCAAGCUCCAGAGAAAAGGAUAGUGCGCUCAGUGAAGGUGAUUGGCGACACCGACCACACCGUCUCCCUGAACUGGCGAGCCCCCACUGCCACAAACACCACAGAAUUCAACGUCCUGUACGCUGUAUUCGGUGAGAGAGACAUGCGACGCAUCAGCGUGGGUGCGGGGAAAAACCGGAUCACCAUCGAGGGUCUCGUACCCAAAACAAAGUACAUCGCUUGUGUUUGCGUCAAAGGCCUGAUCCCGAAAAAGGAGCAGUGUGUAAUCUUCUCGACUGACGAGGCGGCCAGCGCAAGCGGCACUCAGAAGCUCAUUAAUGUGGUGGUCAUAACGGUGGCGUGCGUGAUCGCCGUGCCCUUGACACUGAUCGUGUGCUGCGGGGCGCUGAAGAAGCGCUGCCAGAAGCUGCUGGGGCGGCAGUCCAAGGAGAUGCAGGACUCAUACGUGACAUUUGAGACCCUCGGCCCUGGGACUAAAGCCAAAGGGAUGGAGGGUGAAUUUCUGACAAGGUUAAACCUCGACGAGUCCAACAGGCUGCUGUCAGCGCGGUCUAGUGUUGACUCAGAGGCCACAGUGAGGACUGAGGGGCCUCCCAAUGAGUACUUCUGCUAAAACCCAACGUAUGCCUCAACCUCCGGAGGAUGCACUUUGUUUUCUAACAGGACGAUAAUAUUUCAGCGUGUGGAUGUGUUAUUAUUUUACAGCCUUGUGGGAGUAAAACACCACCGAUUAAUGGAUGGGCAGCAAAAAAGGGAAAAUGCACACAGUGAUGAUUUCAGUAUUUACAUGUAGUUUCAAUGUGUAGUAAAAAAAUCAUGCACUUUUAAAGGCGAUGUUUUGCAGAGAGAAUCGUCUUGACGUGUUUCCCUAUGCUGUAAAAUCCAGAUAUUCUUUCCAAUAUUUAACCUCUGCACUGUGUUUAAAACUUUAUUCAAACAAUAUUUAGAGAAAUUCUAAUGUAAUUCCGCAGUUAUUAGUCUUUUUUUUUCUCGUAUUUUCUAUUUGUUAAUGUGCCAGAUUUUACCUAAACCACUGUACAUUUUUAUAAGGUAAAUACAUGUGACCUGAAAUAUGUAUAAUGUAAUAUGUAUAUUAUAUUACAUAUUAUAAUGUAAUG